UCUCUUGGGAUCCGACCCAAAAAAAAAAGGAGAAAUGGAGAGAAAUGGCGAAGUAUUGUCCACGGAGAUCGUGAACGAUGGAGUUCACGAAGGAUCUCCGAGUUUUAGGGUUAGGGUUCGAAGAGGGUUGCCGGAUUUUCUGAGCUCGGUGAACCUGAGAUACGUACGGCUCGGAUACGUAUACCUUCUGACGUACGGACACUCCUUCUUCUUCUUCGCCCUCCCCCUUCUCCUCCUCCUCCUCGCCUUUGCCUUCCGCCUCGGAAUGCUCACCCUCCCCAUCUUCUCCUUGUCCUUCGUCUUCCUCUAUCUCUUCCUUUCCAUCUCUCCUCGUUCCGUGUAUCUCGUCGACUUCGCCUGUUACCGCCCUCCCCAUCACCUCAAGAUAUCGAAAGCCGAAUUCAUCGAGCUGGCGAGAAAAUCCGGCCACUUCGACGAAACGGCCAUCGAGUACCAACAGCGAGUGCUCGAGAAAUCGGGGAUAGGAGACGAGAGCUAUCUCCCGAGAGUGAUAUUCGAGCCGGGCCACACCGUCAACCUCCGUGACGGCCGUGAAGAAGCCGCCAUGGUUAUCUUCGGAGCCAUCAACGAUCUCCUCGCCGCCACCAGCGUCUCCGUCAAGAACAUCAAGAUCCUCGUCCUGAACUGCGGUGUCCUGAACACGACGCCUUCCCUGUCGGCGAUGGUGAUCAAUCAUUACAAGCUGAGGCAUAACACCGAGAGCUACAACCUCGGAGGAAUGGGGUGUGCCGCCGGAAUCAUAGCCGUUGAUUUGGCCAAAGAUCUGUUGAAUGCCCAUCUCGGAUCUUAUGCGUUGGUCGUGAGCACUGAGGUUGUCAGUUCCACUUGGUAUUCCGGCAACAAUCUCGAUCUUCUCAUGCCGAAUUGCUUCUUUCGGAUGGGAGCCGCCGCUAUCUUGCUCUCGAGUCGACGUCUUGAUAGGUGGCGUGCCAAGUAUGAACUCAAGCAGCUUGUGAGAACGCACAAGGGAAUGGACGAGAAGAGCAACAAGAGCAUACAGCUUAGGGAAGACGAAGGAGGGAAGCAAGGCCUGUACGUAUCGAAAGACGUUAUAGAAGUCGGCGGCCACGCUCUGAAAGCGAAUAUCACGACGCUAGGGCCUCUGGUACUGCCAGUUUCCGAGCAAGCUCACUUCUUCGCCAAGCUACUGUCGUCGGUUUCUGAGAAACCCUACAUCCCAAACUACAAGCUAGCCUUCGAGCAUCUUUGCGUGUUGGCAUCGAGCGAAAAGGCGCUAGACGAGAUCCAGAAGAACUUGAACUUGACGGAAGAGUACAUGGAGGCGUCGAGGAUGACGUUGAGACGGUUUGGGAAUACGUCGAGCAGUAGCAUCUGGUAUGAGCUGGCUUACUUGGAGCACAAGAAACGGAUGAAGCGAGGGGAUAGGGUUUGGCAGAUGGCUUUCGGGUCAGGGUUCAAGUGUAACAGCGUUGUGUGGAAGUCACUUCGUGACAUCCAACCCCCAAAAUACACUCCCUGGACCCUCUGACUCGUCCAGCGGGUAUCUUUGUAAUUUCAUGUCAUGAUGUCCCUUCUACCCUAAAACCCUAAUUACAGUGCUAGAACAUUAUAAGAGUCCUGCUAUAUGCCUUUUUCGACGGCAAUCUUGUGAAAGUUAGAAACAACAAAACAACUUUGAACAGAGGAAAAUAACCCAAAUGUUUCAGAUUCUGUAUACAAAAUUGAAUCAUCAUUCAUCACAAUCUCCUUGCAAAUCUACUCCAACCACUAAUACUACACCAAACCAAUUGAGACCUGGACAUUCCGGCCAAAAGCUUUCUGACAUAACCAAGAUACUCCAAUGCGCCAAUGCCCCCACAAGAAUUUUCACAA